AUCUCCUCAGCCCAAUAGCCACAUAUACUGUACAACACAAAAUGCCUUAUCAGUAUCAAUACCUCGAAGGCCUUUUCACUUAUACCACAUGGGAUAAAGAUAUCAAAAGUCGUUUAGGGCUCGACGGGCGUUUUGCAAAUUGGGCAGCCUUUCGUCAACAUAUCCAAGGUCUCAAGGAACAAGCGGAAUUAGAGGGAUAUACUUUGAAAGUCAUCUACGCCGCCCGACAUGGUCAAGCCGAACAUAAUGUCAUUGAAGCCAAUUACAUUCAUAGGGAAGAAGACGACAUCAUCUAUCCUCCCCCUCUAGGUCCUGCUCACAUGCGUUUCCCAGUUCUUGAUCCUAAACUCACAUCGCUGGGAAGAUCACAAGCCAACAAUUUACGUUUGACCCUGCAAGAAGAGGUCUCUAGGGGCUUACCAAUACCUCAGGUAUGGUACGUUAGUCCAUUAAGAAGAGCAAUAGAGACUAGUGGAAUAGAAUGGGGUUUUCUAUUCGAUGAUAAAUGGGAAUAUCGAUUGGAUGAAGAUGUUUCUGUGGUUGAUCAUAAAGUUCCUAUAAGAGCUAUAGAAAAUCUGAGAGAACAUCUUCAUGCUCAUCAAUGUGACGCUCGAUUACCUACCGAGGAAUUAUCACACGAAUACCCCAAUAUCUCUUUCGAAGGAUUACAAAACAUCGAUCCUUUAUGGCGUAGUUUUGAACAACGUGAGGAGGAAGGGUACAGAGGUGGGGAUAUAAGGGAAACGGAAGAUGAAUUAGUGGAGAGAUUAGGAAAAGGUAUAGCAGAAGCUAUCGAAUUGAGUGGGGAUGCUACUUAUUUGAGCGUAACUUCACAUUCGGGAGCUAUGAGAGGUGUAUAUAAGUCUCUUGGAGUACCCCCAAGACCAUUGACGGUAGGGGAGAUGAACGUCCUUGUCAUGAGGGUUAAGCAAGUGGACAAAGAGAUUUGAGAUUUGAGCUAUAUCGUGCCAGCUUCAACUCUACGAUCUGCCUGCCUUUUGCAUGCAGUGAUGACCCGUAGCAUGUAGUAUGCAACGACGAUAUGUCAGAAUAUACCCGC